AUGGUAUUAUACAAGAGAAAACAAGUCAAAUUUAUACCUCCACCAUCUAUUCCAGAAGAUUUAUCUACUGAAGUUUGGUAUAUUCCUCAAACUAAAGAAUGGUUUCUUACUUAUGAUGAAUAUUUAUCUCGAUUAGAUUAUUAUAAAAAAAGAAAAUUUGUAUGUGAAAUAACUGGUAAUUCAUGUUUAACAUUUUUUGAAGCUUAUGAAAGUGAAUUAAAAGAAAUUGAAGGAGUUGAAAAGAAUUUUCCGGAAUCUUUACGGGAACAUAUUUUAAGAUUUUUACAAUUUAAUAGAAUAACAAGAUUAGAUCAAUUAGUUGAUAAAGUUUAUCUGGUAUUUAAAAAUGAUUAUUUCCCCGGUGAAACUAUUUAUAUUAAAGGUUUAGAAAAAUCAGACCCUUUACAUCGUGAUAUCGAACAUAAUAGUUCAGGCUCAUCCUCGUCUUCUUCUGGAUCGGGAUCGGGAUCUUCAAAACAAAGAGGGAUUAUCCGUGAAAAAGUCCAAUAUGGUCAAACUGCACAAACUAAAUAUUUAGUAGUUAGAUUAAAUGAUAAUCAACAAGCAAUAGUAACUAAUGAAAAUAUAUCAAGAGACAGGAAUCAUUUCACAAAAUGGUUAAUUAAAACAUUUAUUAAAUUAACCAUGUCAAGAUCUCAUAAAGUUGGAGCUCCAUGGGUUGUUAAAACAAAAUAUGCUGAAAAAUAUCGUAUUCCACAAACAUAUCCGGAAGAUUUAAAACAUUUUGCUGAUUCUACACCUACAGGAGAAAUCUUGUAUCAAUUACCCAAGAAAUCAAGAAUAGCCAAUAUUAAUAAAUCAAAUACUCCUUCAUCAACACCAACGCCAAACCCAACUGAACGAAAGAAGAAAAUAAAAGAAGAAUCGAAAAAGAAAACUAAACAACCUACCCCAGGAUUAGAAGAUCAACCAAUAACCCCCGUAGUACCAUAUAGGAAGAAAUUCCCAUUGCAUUAUUUGCCGGAAAAGUUACAACGAGAGUUAGAAGAAGAAGAACAAUUACAACAACAACAACAACAACAAUCCCAACCGCCUCAAAGAGUAGCCACACCAUCUUUAGGAUUGUCUCAACUUCAACCAACCAAGAAAAAUAUCGUUGAUGAUUUAGAAUUGAAAUUCGAUCUUCAGAAUCCUCGACCUAGAUUACAAGCAUUAACCCUUCCUGAAAAUGCAAAAACCUGGAAUGCUCAUCUCGUCGCUGAAUUCAAUGAUACCGAUAGUCAAAAAGAAGACGAAGAUCAAGAAGAUGACAGUAAUGAAAUACCCAAUAAGGAAUCCGAAAUUAGAAGAUUAUCUUCACCCCAUCUCAAUUCUAUUCAAGAUGCAUUACAAGCCUGGACAUUCAUUAAUAUCUAUCAUACCGUAUUGAAUAUCGAUACAUUCACAUUUGAUGAUUUUGUAUAUUGUAUGGGAUGGAAUUUAGAUCAAUAUAAUGAGAUGGGAAGAUGUGAAUUAUUGGAUGAGAUUUGGUGUGCUGUCUUGAGUGCGAUUGUAUCUAAUCAAAUACCGACUAAUAAAGAGGCAAAAGAAGCUAAAGAAAAUGAAGAGAUAUUUGGAUUGAAUAUAACAUUACCGGAAAGAUCAAGAUUUGAAAAGGAAGACGACGAAGAGGAUGAGGAUGAAAAGGAAGAUGAUGAAGAUGUUCGUGGAUCUGAGAGUGAAGAUGAAGGAAAAGUGUUAAAGAUUGAGGAUGAAGAUUCAACCAAUGAAGACUCUUCGGAAGAUCUCAAAAACAAUGGAACGAAGAAUAAUUCCAAAAAGGAUAAAAAGCAAGAAGUCAUUGAAAUCUCAAGUCAGACUGAUGAUAAGGAUGGCGAUGCCGAUGAUGAAAAACAAGAAGAUAGUGAUUCUGAAUUAUCAAUGGUUGAAAUUGAAGAUGAAGAUGACCAAAAGGAAGAUGAGGAAGAUGAUUCUUCUGAUACAGAAUAUUCAUCACAUAACGCAUAUAUUUGUAUGAAUUAUAGAAAUACCCCUUGGCAUGAUCGGUUACGGAAACGUAAUUUCAAAGAUGGGAAUUGGCAAUGUAUUUUAUUAGGUGUAUUAUCCUUAGUUGAGUUUGUACCACAAUACAAACCAAUAAUUGAACAAGUUUAUAAUAAACUCGCACCCAAAACCAUGCCAGCUACUCCUGCAACGGUAUUGAAUCAAUUUUAUGAAGAAUUGGAUAUUGAUUUAAAAUUCCAAACAUUGAAUAUCUUGAUUGAUUUAAUCAUUAGUUCCCCAUUGGUUAGAACAUAUAUUGAUGAAUGUUUAGAAGCUUCUACAUCAUUAAGAAGAACAAGAUUGGAUAAUAUUAAAGAUUAUAAACAAAAUCUCGAAAUCGCCCAAAAAGCAAAUCAAUUCAUUUUUGAAAAAUUAAAACAAAAGGGAGAAGAAGACAAGCGACCAAGAUUAAAUUAUUCAUCUAUAGAAAUGACAGAACCAGAAUCAAAACUUGCCGAAACUGACCUUGAAUUCAAACAACAAUGUGAAAUUAGAAAAGAAGCAUUAAUAAAAUUAAACUCCAUCAAAAAGGACAAGAAAGCCAUCGAACAGAAAUUGACCGAAUUAGAUUGUCAACGAGUUAAAUUAUUAGGUAAGGAUCGUUUAUUUAAUCGAUAUUGGUGGUUUGAAAAUAAUGGAUUACCAAAUCUUCAUGCUGGUGCCAAUGAUGAUGAUGAAAAUGAAGAUGGCGAUGAUGCACCUAACGCCAAGGAAAAUGCCAAUGAUGAUGAGAUUGAUGAGGAUAAAGAAGAAGUACUGGAUGAAACUUAUUUAAUGGGUAGGUUAUGGGUACAAGGACCUUCUAAUGAUGAUUUAUUGAUAAAUUUCAAUUGUGAUUUUAAUGCCGCUCAGAAAUUCAAGGAUGAAUUACGUGAACGUGAAUAUCAUGACCGGAUUAAUCAUAUCGAAGUCAUAGAUCUCGAUGAAGACAAUCUGAAACAGAAAACGCAACAACAGCCACCACCACCAGAAUCAGCCACAACUCCACUGGAACCAAAACAAGAAGAACCAAGUCCUAAAAAGAACCAAAUCCGGGAAAUGAAUUUCAUUAAAUUCCCCAACAGUUUCAAAACCACCGUUCAUACCCUUCAUAAUCUCGAUUUCCGUGAUUCCGAAAUCUUCAACCACCAAAAAGAACUCAUAAUCGACAACGAAGGCUCUCUCCUAGUACCACCACAAUCCCUCACCCCUUUACAAAGGAAAAUUAUCGAAGAAUCUCCAGAUCCAUUAAUGAAUGGGUCCGAUUGGAGAUAUUAUGAUCAUCCUGAAGAUAUAACCAAACUCAUAACUUGGCUUAACCCUUGGGGCAAGCGAGAAUCCAAUCUCCGGAAAGAAUUGGGAGUGGUUAAGGAUUCGAUUAUUGCCAAUAUUGAAGCCAGGAGAAAGGCCCUCUGGAUGGAUGAUGAACUGAAAUUACAACCGGAGGAAAUUGAAUUAGAAACAAAUAUUCGGAAAUUGACUGAGAGGUUGGAAAAACUUCGUGCUGAGAAUGAUGGUGUGAUUGAGAUUGAUGAUGAUGAGGGGGAUGAGCUGGAAGAUGUACAACAACGAGAACAGGAGAGAAGUGAUGACGAUGAUGGUGAUGGCGAUGAUGAUGAGGUGGUUGAAAUUGGGUCAAAGAGAAGAAUGAGAAGCAGAAACACAUCCCAACCACCCCCACCACCAGCCAAGAAACAACGUCGUAAGGUUGUCCAAACUGUAGAAGACGCACUUGAAUUCGGGGAAGAAGAUGAUUUGGUUACCAUGAUUGAGAAAUUAAAAGAAGAAUUUGAGGAAAAGAGAGAAGAACGAGAAUUGACUCGGGUUGUUCAAUGGAUGAAUUCAAAAGCCGAAGAUCGAUUUGGGAAAUCACUUUAUGAUGGUGGUGAAAGGUUGAAAACAUCGGGAAAACGUAAAAAGUAA